AUGGAAGAAAAAGGAAGUAAAGGAACCACUCAUACCUUGAUCAGAAAUUUUCUUAUUCGUUGUAGUUUUUGCCGUAAAAAAUUUGGCGACUGGAACAGUUCGGCACCGUACACGUUUGGCUGUGGGCAUACAAUUUGUUCCAACUGUUUGGCUUCAGUCGAAGAUGACUGCUGUCCUGUUGACAAUUAUAAGUCGGCGAUAUCGGUCAGAACGCUGCCUCCCAACACAUGUAUAUUAUACUUGAUUGAAGUGGCUGUACCGGCUAACGCAUACGAAACGAUGAUUUCAAAUCAUGGCAUUGAAUAUUAUCAAUCCAUGAUUUUGAUGGAAAAAUUAGUUUGUGUGUUGAAUCCCAAUGCUUUCAAGAAAAUUAAUAACCAAGUCAAACCGAUCAACUUGGCGAAAUCUUUAGAGCGUAAAUUAAUUUCUUUGGCAAGUUGUCAGCUACUUGAAGAAUUGGGCAGGAAAGAUAUUAUCAAGUAUAUUCGAAAACUAGGCGAAAGAAUUUUAUUAGAACUCAUUUUACUAAUGAAGAGUAGACAACAACAAGUCAAUGAGUUAUUUGCUGCUUUGCGUUCUCUCAAGUGUCAACUUUUUGGACCCAAAUUGCAAGAAAUGAUUAUGCGUUUAUUAUACAAUAUCAUGAAUGAAGGGGAAAGAAUAUCCAGAAAAACUUUGACCGCCUACCUCAUCCAUCAGUUAGAUGGACGUUUUAAAGAAGAAUCGAAAAAUAUUUCCAAUACAUCCAUUGGUCGUGCUAUUCAGUUACUUGUGCGUGGCAGUUGCUUUGAGGUCAUUCCUAGAGACAAAGGAGGAUCGCUAUUAAAGUUAAAAGACGAGAUUCGAAACUAUGAGCAGUUUCGACAAAAGCUAGAUGCUGCCGUCAUUAAAGUGGCUUUUGAAUACGAUGUGCACCUGAAAGUGGAGAAAUGGUCAUUAAUUCUUUAUGGAUCAACGGAUAAAAGCCAAUAUUUGAAUUCCAUGAUAGACAAGUUGCGACCAGCUUGCCUGUUAAAUAGCCGGCUUAAGCAUAUUUCCUGCACCCUGAAUGAGGAAGUCGGUAAACCGUUUCAAGCUUUAAGAAAAUUAAUACCACAAUUUAGCAGAAUAGAAAUGCUAAAUCCCGAUGACGAAUAUGACCUAGCAAAGGUCAAAGAGAUGUUAGAAGUUGCCGUAGAGAUACUAUAUGCGCUUCUAGAAUACUCUGAGCAUUUCGGCAAAGCUAAAGAUCAACGGCAAGAAAAUGCUCCCACUGAUGUUGUUGUAAAUCCACCGGAUAUUAUCACUUUGAAACUGGAUGAUCCAAUAUCUUUUAACACACUCGACAAUGCUGCUGAUUUGUCGAGUGAUGAAAGCGUAGAUGGUACUGAUGACCUAAUCAUCUCUCCUGUUCCGUCUACACCUCUUAAAGAUGGAAUUAAUCGUGCUGUAGGAUCAGCUGUGGCUAUUAGUCCAUAA